AUGGCGGCACUGCUCGUCGAGCGCGGCGCCAGCGUCAACGCGACCAAUGACGGCGGCAACACACCGCUCCACAAAGCUGCCGUCGGCGGGCACGUGGCGUGCGUCGAGCUGCUUCUCGCCCAUCGCGCCAACGUUUUGUACAAGAACCACAAAGGGCAGUGUGCAGCCGACUUGGCGGGCUGGCGCAUGCAUACAACCGUCACAGCACGCCUGAGAGACCUCGAACUCGCCGCAGUGUUGGCCAUCGCUCCCGAUGCGGCUGGCAACACACGGCUGCACUACGCGGCGGCAUCCAACAAGGUGGACGCACUAUUGCGAAUUCUAGCCGAGGGGACUCCCCACAUGGAAGCGCGCAACGAGAGUGGUUGUACAGCCUUGCAUCUCGCGGCACAAGCCGGUCAUUACGACAUUCUCCAGUACCUUGUCGACGCCGGCGCGGACGUGUUUGCCGUCACCAAUGACGGCGCUUGUGCGUUCGACUUGGCGGCACCAUAUCGACGCCUUCGCAACCAGCUCACUCGCAUCGAGACGGCCAAGUUGGCCACACUGGGGCAACAAUCCGAGCAAGGGGACACCGUGUUGCAUGUGCUGACAAAGCUGGGCAGGCUCGACGACGUCCUGCCUCUCUUGCGCGCGUCGCCCGCGGCUAUGGCCGACACGAAUGCCCAAGGUGACACGGCGCUGCACGUCGCGGCGCAGUACAACCGCGUCGAUGUGGUCCGCGCCAUCCUCGCUCGUGACGACGGCACCUGCGUCUUUCGAUGCAACCAUAAAGGGCACACAGCGCGCGCCAAAGCCCCCGCAGCAUCGUCCUCGGCCACGCUGCUGCGUGACGCAGAGCAUACGCAAAUCGGCAUUUUGGUCACCGAGUGGCUCUUGGAGAGCAUGGUGCGUCGCGUGACUGCGCGCGACGCGACCAUCCUCGACUUUGUCUACGCUGUCCGGCCGCACGCGCGUCUCUUUUCGUCGCCCUAG